UGGUUGUUUGGCCUGCGAAAAAUAAAACAAUGGAUGAAAAGGAAAUGUUUCUCGGCAAAAAUUGAUAGGCCACUGAAAAGAAAUGUAAGAAGGCAUUAAAGACCGUUUUGUCUCCUUUCUUAUUCUCAAGUUUUCUCGCUAUCCCAUCUAUAGGAAUUUUUAUAUUUACACAGAGUCGACCAAAUUUGACAUCUGGGUAUGUCUUUUUUGUUUCUGGAAACUUUUUUUUUUCCUUUUUGUGGCGUGAUAUUGAAGUGAAUGGAGGUGUUGUAGGUUGAGAAAUUUAAUUCAGCUUUGUUUAGGCUGUAGAACUGUUUUUGAGAAACUUUUGAGAAAUGUUAGAUAUGUCUUGGAAUUAGUGUUAGAGUGACUGUUUCUGUCUGCAAAACUUGCGUUUCCGGGGAUUCCUGUAAUGGAUCAACCCGUCAGGCGAGACCCGAUUCCUGCUUCUGAGUCAGUGGAUAAGUCUAGGGUUUUGGAAAUAAGGCCAUUGCGUAGUCUUGCUCCGGUUUUCCCUUCUCAACCUAAUGCAUCUUUUUCAACUCCAGUAGGAGGUCAUUUCUUUUGUGUGCCCCCUUACGGUCCUUUUCCUGCCGAGGUUACCCCAUUCUAUCCAUUCUUCGGCUCCAUUGGGUCUCAAAGGCGUCCUGAACAAAAUCCACAAACCCCAGUUGGUGUCCCUAAUCAGGCAGCAGGUUCUGGGUACAGCAAUCCAGUUAUAGCUGCUGUUCCGAUAGCUUCAUUUAGGACACCGCCACCCACAGCUCAGGUAAAUGGAGAUAGGAGUCAUGGUCGAUCACAAUCCCAAAGUGGGUUUGCAGAAGAGGAGUGCAGUGACAGCCUGAAUCAAGGUGCUGAGUUUCUCAGCAGUUUUAGUAUGCACACUACUGAUCUGGACGAUACUAGUAAGAGUAAGAGAGCAAAGAAUAAGUCCCAGAGGAAGGCCAGAGGAAGUCAAGAAACCAGUGUUAACUUUUCUGAUGCUGAUGUGGAUUUGAUCUUUAAUAAUAUUCUCUCAUCAUAUAAUCUCAUGGAAUUUAGUAUGGUCCGACGAGCUGAUGGUGACAGGAAGUCUGUGGGAUAUAUACUACUGAUUUUUGACUUGCUCCGAAGAAAAUUAUCGCAAUUUGAAGAUACAAAAGAACCAACUGCAGGGACUAUCAGACGACCUGAUUUGAAGGCGAGUACAGUCUUGACGAAUAAAGGAAUUCGGACCAAUGUCAAGAAGAGAGUUGGAGAUGUCUCAGGUGUUGAAGUGGGGGAUAUUUUCUAUUUCAGGAUGGAAAUGAACUUAGUUGGAUUGCAUUUUCCCUGUAUGGCUGGGAUUGAUUACAUUGGUCUCAAAAUUAGUCAAGAAGAAGAGGCAGCAGCAGUUAGCAUUGUUUCAUCUGGAGGAUACGAGGAUAAUGUAGAGGAUGGGGAUGGGGAUGUGUUAAUUUACAGCGGACAAGGUGGGAAUAUAUUUAGGAAAGAUAAGGAAAUAAUGGAUCAAAAGCUUGAAAGAGGUAAUCUUGCUUUGGAGAACAGCUUUCGUCGGGGCAAUGAGAUACGAGUGAUCCGGGGUAUAAAGGAUGUAGCAACCCUAAAUGGUAAGAUAUAUGUCUAUGAUGGUCUUUACAAAAUUCAGGAGUCGUGGGUGGAUAAAGGAAAGUCGGGUUGUAAUGUAUUCAAGUAUAAAUUGGUUAGGUCACCUGGGCAGCCUGAAGCAUUCAUGACAUGGAAAUCAGUUCAGCAAUGGAAGAAUGGUAUCACUUCUAGAAAUGGGAUUAUAUUGCCGGACCUUACUUCAGGAGUAGAAAGUAUACCUGUUUCUGUUGUAAAUGAUGUUGAUGAUGUGAAAGGGCCUGCUCAUUUUACAUAUGUUUCCAGUCUCAAGUAUUCACAGCAUGUAAAUUCAGUAGAAUCAUCUGUUGGCUGUACUUGCCGCAAUGGAUGUCUGCCUGGUAAUCCCAACUGCCCUUGCAUUAAAAAAAAUGGGGGCUAUCUUCCUUGUAUAGCACAUGGAGUUCUUGUUAAUCCAAAGUCCUUGUCACAUGAGUGUGGUUCUUCUUGUUUGUGCCCUCCUAAUUGCCGGAACCGGGUGUCUCAAGGUGGUCUGAAAGUUCAUUUGGAGGUGUUCAGGACUAAGGAUAAAGGUUGGGGUCUUAGGUCGUGGGAUCCCAUCCGUGCUGGUGCGUUUAUAUGUGAAUAUGCUGGGGAAGUCAUUGAUAUUUCUAAGUUGGAACUUGGAGUUGAAACUGAAGAUGAUUAUGUUUUUGAUGCUACCCGUACAUAUCAGCCAGAGGAUGACCUGCCUUGUGCUUUCAAUGAGGCUAUGAAGAUUCCUUUUCCCUUAAUUAUAACUGCAAAAGAUAUUGGAAAUGUAGCUCGGUUUAUGAACCACAGUUGCUCUCCCAAUGUAUUCUGGCAUCCAGUUUUGCGUGAGAAUAAAGAGGGAUGUGAUCUUCAUAUUGCAUUUUAUGCCAUCAAACAUAUUCCUCCUAUGAUGGAGUUGACAUAUAAUUAUGGAUCAGUCCUGCCUGAUAAAGCAAUGAGAAAGAACAACUGCCUAUGUGGGUCAUCAAAGUGCAGAGGCUACUUUUACUAAUAUUUACUCAACCAUUGAUUUUGGAUGGCAAUGGCUUUGGCUUAACUCAUGCAUUAUGGACAAGGUUACAUUACUCCAGCUUUAUUUUUGUGUGUCUUAUGUACUGAGCAUGAAACAUUUCUCGAUGUCAAAUAAUUAAGUUUUUUUGUACUUUCUCUGGACUUUGUAAAGUAUAAUGAAGAACUUGGCAUAUGGAUGGGAUUUGGAAUUUAACUUACAAGUAUGCUAUGAGAAUUUGUAAGGUUUUUUGUG